AUGGCGGCUUCAUCUGUUGCUAGCAAAGCGAGUAGUUCACUUGGACGAACUAUUAAAACUGUAACUGUGAUCGGAGGCGGUUUGAUGGGCUCCGGCAUUGCUCAAGUUGCUGCUGAAACGAACCAUAACGUCAUUCUUGUUGAUCAAAAACAAGAAUUUCUUGAUAAAAGCUUGAAUAUCAUUCAAACCAGUUUAAAACGUGUAAUCAAGAAAAAAUUCGAAAAAGAUCAACAAGGUGGCGAAAAAUAUCUGACCGAUGUGAAAGGUCGCAUUCAAACAAGCACAAACGUCAACGAUGCCGUCAAAGCCACAGACAUUGUUAUCGAGGCUAUCGUCGAAAAUCUUGAAAUUAAACAAAAACUAUUUCAACAAAUUGAUCAAGUCGCACCGAAACAUACAAUCUUAACAAGUAAUACAUCAUCAUUACCGAUCACAGAAAUCGCUCGCGACGUUAAGCGACAAGAUAAAUUUGGCGGUCUUCAUUUCUUUAAUCCAGUACCUGUGAUGAAAUUACUUGAAGUUAUUCGUACAUCAUCAACUAGCGAAGAAACCUUCCAAACACUGUUAACUUUCGGUAACGCAUUGGGAAAGAAAACGGUGUCAUGCAAAGAUACUCCAGGAUUCAUUGUCAAUCGCUUAUUGGUACCAUACAUGCUCGAAGCUGUUCGUAUGAUUGAGCGUGGUGAUGCCACAGCAGAAGAUAUCGACACGGCUAUGAAAUUAGGUGCUGGUUAUCCGAUGGGACCAAUUGAAUUAUUAGAUUAUGUCGGUCUUGACACUUCCAAAUUUAUUGUUGAUGGAUGGAGCAAACGUUAUCCUGACGAGGCAGCUUUCAAAACUAGUGAAUUAUUAUCCAAGAUUGUCGGUGAAGGUAAAUUUGGCAAGAAAACUGGUGCUGGUUUUUACAAGUAUUCAAAAUGA